UUCAUCUCGUUUAAUCUCGCGUUUCUUAGGUGUGGUAAAAUAGAACAAGAUGGCGAAACAGUUAUUUGAUAGAAGCAAAAUGUAAGGAUUGUUAGAUUUAUAAACAUUUUGGAUUAAAUUGAGAAGAUGGCAGACACAGAUGUUGAUGUUUCAAGACUACCAGAAGAUAUACGAGAACGGCUAGCUGAGUUAGAUCUUGAAUUGUCUGAAGGAGACAUAACUCAAAAAGGCUAUGAAAAAAAGAAGUCACGUCUGUUGGCUCCCUAUGUCAAGCAACAGAACAACGAAAGUGGCUCUGGGGCUGGAGCCCCUAGCCCUUCGACAGCAGCCCAACGAAAGGCUCAAAGACGCUUAACAAGGGAGGAUAACCGUUAUCAUUCAGAAAUCCGGACAGAAGCAGUAAUGCAAGCUCUGGCAAUGCAGAGUCGUAAAGUCCCUGUCAUGCCAUUACCUUCUAAGCGCACUUCAGUUAACUAUCAAGGUCAACAUCGCAGAGACAGGCAGGACUCCUCCUCUGAUGAUGAUAGUGUAUUUGAUGAGGAACAGUUAAAGAAUUUCCAACGUGGGGGACAUGCCCGUGACUCUGGUGCCAGCUCCAGCUCCUACUCUGACCAUGGUGCCUCACCUUACCAUGCAGGAGGAAGUGGGGGAAGUGGGCAAGCAGAAAGGCCCAAGAGUGCACAAUACUCCAAUUACAGUAUACCAGGAAACACAGCCCGUCAUGCACUGGCUGAUGUUAUGCAAAAUGCUAGACAUUCCCAUGUUGUGUCAUCCCAACCACCCGAUGUGACUAACAAUGCCAAGAGUACUCGACAGGCAGAUAGAGUGGGAAGAUACAACCAGUCCUCUGUCAGAAUGAAUGCCUCUGGAAAUGUAACCGGAAUGAUAGAUGAAGAUGCACCAGCCCAUGGAAAAGUAUCAGCUAAGAUCCAGCAGCUCUUAAAUACUUUAAAAAGACCAAAAAGAAAACCUUUAAAAGAAUACUUUUUGGAUGAAGAAGAAGCCACGCUGGAAACUCCCUCAACAGAUCCUAAUGCUCCAAAACCUGAGGGAAAGGAGCUUAUACCUCAACAAGGCGACCCUCUUGUGAUUCCAUCAGGUUUGCCUCGUAAUUUAGAAGGAGCGCUACAGAGGUAUGGUUCCUCAACCUACAAAGCUAAUGCCAUCACAGUACUAGAUGCCAAUGGGAAACCUACUUAUAACUUGACUUAUGGCAAAUUGUUGAGCAGAACCCAGAAGAUAGCUUACAGUUUACUGUGUAAAGUUGGACAGAAGGGAGAGCCCAUACGACAAGGGGACAGAGUGGCUUUAGUGUACCCCAACAAUGAUCCCAUCUCAUUUAUUUGUGCAUUCUAUGGAUGUAUCAUGGCUGGUGUUGUACCAGUACCAGUAGAAGUUCCUUUAACCAAGAGAAAUGGAACUUCUAAUGAUGCUGGUGGUGCUGGAGUUGGGUUUUUACUAGGAAGUCUUAGUGUCUGCUGGGCAUUGACUUCUGAGAACUGCUACAAAGGCUUGCCUAAAACAAACAAUGGUGAAGUGGUUACUUUCAAAGGUUGGCCAAGGUUAAACUGGUUCAUCACAGAGAACCUGAGUAAACCUUCCAGGGAGUGGCAACCUCCUGCUAAAGCAUCUGAAGAUGUGCCUGCAUAUAUUGAGUAUGCUUUGAACAAAGAUGGCAGUACUGUGGGUGUGACAGUGCUGAGAAGCACAAUGCUGUGCCACUGCCAGACCCUGACGGUUGCAGCUAAUUAUACAGAAGGUGAAGUGAUGGUUUGUGUAUUGGAUUUUAAAAGAGAAGUUGGUCUCUGGCAUGGUAUUUUAUGUAGUGUAUUUAAUGGAAUGCAUGUGAUAUUUAUUCCCUACUCCCUAAUGAAAGUAGACCCAGCCUCUUGGAUGAAAAUGGUCACUAAAUACAAAGCCACUGUGGCCAUUGUGAAGUCCAGAGAUCUCCAUUGGGGUCUCCUAGCCCAGAAAGAUCAUAAAGAUGUAAAUUUCAGUUCUUUAAGGCUGUUACUUAUUGCUGAUGGUGCUAACCCAUGGUCUCUCACAUCUUGUGAUUCAUUCCUAAGUGCUUUCCAAAGUAAAGGUCUUAGGCCUGAGGCAAUUUGUCCUUGUGCUAGUUCCUCUGAGGCUCUCACUGUUUCAAUCCGAAGACCAGGGAGAACAAGCUCUAGUGCUACUGGCCGGGGCAUUCUAUCUAUGCAGGGUCUGAGUUUUGGUGUGGUGAGAGUGGACAAUGAGAACAGUCUAACCUCACUCACAUUACAGGACUGUGGACAGGUCAUGCCUGGUGCAACAAUGGUAGUAAUAAAGCUAGAUGGACCAGCACAAUUAUGUAAGGCUGACGAAGUUGGCGAACUUUGUGUUAGUUCUGGCUACACUGGCUCCAGCUACUUUGGUCUGCAAGGAAUUACUCAGUCUACCUUCCAGGUUCAACCCAUUCUAGAAGAUGGCAGAGUUCAGACAGACAGGGUCUAUGUUCGAACAGGUCUCAUAGGAUUCCUAGGCCCUGGUGGCUUGGUGUUCGUGUGUGGUAGUAAAGAAGGCUUAAUGCAGAUCUCUGGCCGAAGACAUAAUACUGAUGAUAUUAUAGCUACAGUCCUAGCUGUUGAGCCCAUGAAGUUUAUAUAUAGGGGAAGAAUUGCAGUGUUUUCUAUUAAAGUACUUAAGGAUGAAAGGAUAGUCAUUAUAGCAGAACAAAGGCCUGACUGUACAGAAGAAGAAAGUUUCCAGUGGAUGAGUCGUGUACUCCAGGCUGUAGACAGUAUUCACCAGGUUGGAGUCUAUUGUUUGGCUCUAGUUCCACCAAAUUACUUACCAAAGACGCCUUUAGGUGGCAUCCACCUUCAUGACACUAAAAAGAAAUUUCUGGAAGGCUCACUGCAUCCAGCCAAUGUGUUGAUGUGUCCUCACACCUGUGUAACCAACCUCCCUAAACCUAGAGAAAUACAUCCAGAUGUGAAGCCAUCAGCAGUUCAUGUUGGCAACAUUGUUCAAGGGGCCAGGAUGGCCUGGGCUCAAGGUCGUGAUUUGGGCCUCUCAGAAGAAGAUGCAGAUACAACUAAAAAGCAUCAGUUUUUAACAGAAAUCCUGAGAUGGAGAGCGAUCACUACACCAGACCAUAUUUUGUAUACAAUGAUUAACGCCAGAAAUCAGACCUCAGCUACUUACACUUGCUCUCAGUUACACAAGAGGGCAGAAAAGAUUGGCUGUCUACUUAUGGAGAAAGGCAAAUUGAACACAGGUGAUCAUGUGGCCUUGGUGUUUCAUCCUGGUGCUGAGUUGGUGUCUGCAUUCUAUGGAUGUCUCUAUGUUGGUUGUGUCCCUGUGACUAUUAGGCCCCCUCACCCACAGAACGUAGCCUCUACCCUGCCCACGGUACGAAUGAUUGUGGAAGUGUCCAAGUCUGUGGCCAUUCUCACCAACAGCGCAACAAUCAAGUUGCUCAAAUCAAAGGAAGCUGCAGCUAUUGUUGAUCCAAAAAAUUGGUCCAACCUUUUGGAUACUGAUGAUCUUCCAAAGAGAAAACUAGCCUCUAUCUAUAGAGCACCCACCCCAGAGAUGAUCUGUUACUUGGACUUUAGUGUCUCCACCACAGGGAUGUUGGCAGGGGUUAAGAUGUCCCAUGCUUCAGCUACAGCUUUGUGCAGGGCUCAGAAACUUCAGUGUGAGCUCUACCCAUCUAGGGAUGUAGCUCUUUGUUUGGAUCCAUACAGUGGACUUGGCUUUGUGCUUUGGUGUCUUAGCAGCAUUUAUUCGGGUCAUCAUUCAAUACUCAUUCCGCCAUCAGAGGUAGAAGUCAAUCCUGCUGUCUGGUUGACUGCUGUGAGUCAAUUCAAAGUUCGAGACACUUUUUGUUCCUAUGGGGUGAUGGAAUUGUGUACUAGAGGGCUGGGCACAUCAACAGCAUCCUUAAAGGCCAAAGGUGUAAAUCUGUCUUGUGUGAGAGCAUGCUGUGUUAUUGCAGAGGAACGCCCCAGAAUAUUGCUGACCACUUCCUUCACCAAACUGUUUGCCAGUCUAGGUCUGAGUCCCAGGGCUGUCAGCACAAGUUUUGGUUGUCGUGUUAACAUAGGCAUAUGUUUGCAGGGUGCUUCAUGUCCGGAGACAACCACAGUUUAUGUUGAUAUGAGAGCUUUAAGAAAUGACAGAGUGACUCUGGUGGAGAAAGGAAGUCCACAUUCCUUGUGUCUACUGGAGUCUGGCAAACUUUUGCCAGGAGUUAAAGUAGCCAUUGCAAAUCCUGAAACUAAAGGGCAGUGUGCUGAUUCGCAUCUUGGUGAGAUCUGGGUCAGCAGUCCUCACAACGCCAAUGGUUACUUCACCAUUUUUGGUGAUGAGUCCUUGCAUCAUGAUCAGUUUGACUCCCAGCUGGCAACAGGAGACAUACACACUUGCUAUGCCAGAACUGGAUUCCUUGGAUUUAUUCGUCGCACAGAGCUGACUCAGUCAGAUGGAGAACGUCAUGAUGCCAUCUUUGUAGUGGGUGGCUUGGAUGAAACCAUUAUGCUACGGGGCAUGAGGUACCAUCCAAUAGAUAUUGAAAUGACAGUACAGAGAUCUCAUCGUAAAAUUUGUGAAUGUGCUGUCUUUACAUGGACUAAUCUACUUGUUGUCGUGGUAGAGCUGGAUGGCAAUGAGAACGAGGCUUUAGACCUGGUGCCCUUGGUUACCAACGUGGUUCUGGAGGAGCACUAUCUGAUUGUCGGAGUGGUGGUAAUUGUAGACCCAGGGGUCAUCCCGAUCAACUCCAGGGGCGAGAAGCAGAGAAUGCACCUGCGGGACGGCUUCCUUGCUGAUCAGCUGGACCCUAUCUAUGUUGCUUAUAACAUGUAACCCAUGUCCAUCACUUUGCCCUACAUUUGUACACAGCAUUUCUCUCUCUCAGUACAUCUGUUUAUCUUAACAUACUAAUGUAGUUGUCAUGUAGGUUAGCUUCUAGUACACUACUUAUUAUUCAAGCUCUGAGUUGUCUCAUUAUGUCAUCUUAUAUUUUUUGUUUGUUUGUUUCCAUGAUGGUAAAGGUGAACAUUGCUCUGCUCUGUACUAUUGCUCAAUGUCUCAGUUCAACGCAUUCCUCUUUCUCUUGAAGAAACAUUUUGUAUUUGUCUUUUAUUGACAUCAGGAAUAGAACAACUUUUAAAACAUAACAAAACCAAGCUCUCUACUUAUUAUUAUGUAUGAGGUUAGUGCAGAUGAAGGGGAAAAAUAAUAAGAUACUUGAAGCAAAUCAGUGAUAGCCCAUCAAAAAAAGGCCUCUUGUUAUUUUAUUAUAUUGAUUUUUUUUUAUUGUAUUGGCCUGUGUAACAAAAUAAAGAUCAUUUAUAAUAUUUAUUAAGUGUAUUUACAAUUGUAUACAUAAUUAUCAACCCAGCAAGAACACUUCCACCUUAAUAUAAUCAACUCAGGGUCCAUUUGGUUUAUUAAAGGCACCAACUUAAAAGCAACACCAGCAGCAACACUGUUUGAUAGUUUCAUUUGCAAUUCAUGUAUGUUGGCAAAGUGGACUGGUUUCUGUGAUGAAAACUUUUUUUGUUUUGGUUGAAUUCUUUGAUUUGUACAUAGUGAGUUUCUGUUGUUUAUUUGACCAUACUGAGCAUUAGAUUUGGUUUGAUUGACUUUCUGUGUAGGGCUGAGCUGGGUUUUAGUGUUGUGCUUUGAAUAGUAGUUUUGUUGACUGGGAUUCUUUCAAUAAAUUGUUUUAUCAAACUUUUUUUUUUUUUUUUUUUGAGUGAAAGAAUCUCAAAUUAUAUUUUUUUUUAAAACUACCACUUGUUUUAGUCAUCCCUUCAUGAAUUGAGUUUCACACACUUUCAAGUCCAAAACAGUGGAGAAUAUUAUUAGAAUGUAUUUGUUAUUGUUGCUUGUGAAGUGUGGAGUUGAAUUUCUGAUGAUGUUCGCAUAGUGUUAGAAACCUACACAACCUAGGUUGGUUUUUUUUUUUUUUGAUAAUCACUGUAAUAUGUCUGAAACUUCAGUGGAAUUAUGAUAAUUUCAGAAUGAAAGUUUGACUUGAUACAAAAAUUUUUGUUCACUUAAUGACACUCUGGUUCACCUGACCAAAAUCUUGGUGUCUAAAAGUUUGUUUUGGAAAUCUUUAUGCUGGUCAAUUAAAGUGAUUUAUAUGUUUUGUAUUUGUCUCCGAAAUGUAUGAAAAAAAUUGUGACCCUAGAAUUUUUUUUUUUUUUUCACUUGUCAGUAUGUUUUGCCAAAGACUAACACAGCCUGAUCUUGCACAAGAUGAUCACAUGCUAAUAGUUUUAUUGCUUCAUGCAUUUUAGCAAGGCACUUGCAAAGCAUACCAAUAUGUGGAAAGUGUGUCAUGUCUCUUGAGAUUAUUGUGGUCAAGAUCAGGUGUACACAAGACACUAACUUGGAAUCUCUAUUUUUCAAACAGCAUUUAACUGUUAAGCUUUCACUUUCUAAAGUCAUGUCAUAAAAAAAUUACUAAAUUAUCUCCCUUGAUCCAGUGUCUUUACUAUGCAUAUUGUGCUCUUUCUUUUUGUUUUGCCAUUUAAAAAAAUCGUUUUGUGUCCACUUACAUAGAUCACAGUCCAUAAAUAUGUAUAUAAAUUUGUGUGUUUUUCCCUGUGUAAAAUGUACAUAAUGUUUAUGUUAUAUACGUCAUUCUCUUGUUACUGCAGUUUCUGGUCAGUCUUACGUGCAACAUUUUUGUGUAAUGUACCGGUAUCACAAUAUAUCUGGUGCGAUUCCUCCUUGUAAAUACAAUUU